CCCAAAACCAUUGAACCUUUCGUCUCUUCCACAUAAAACAACAACCACCAAAAAUCGAUUUGACAUGUGUACUUUUGAAAAGAAAAAAAAAACAACAUACCAGUGAUCAAAACAAGAAGAAUCAAGAAGGUCAAAAAACAAAAAGACCAAGGUUGUUCAAAAUUCCUAAAAUGGGAUUGAAAGAGCAGCAUAAUUGCUUAAGUCAGAGAAAGAUCGUUGUUUUUGUAGUCGUAGCGUUUAUACCAAUUGCUCUGUUUCGACUCUGUUUUAAUAAUCCAUUCUCCACCAUUGAUGACACCACUCUCCAAGACUCUGCAUCUCUCGUUGUGAUCACAAACUACUCUUCUUCUUCUUCUUCUCAAGAAGAAGAAACUCAAGAGAGUUUUGAUCGUAUAAAGGAAGAGGCUUUAUGCGAUUAUACGAAAGGGAAAUGGGUAAAAGACGAGAUAGGUCCACUCUACAACGGCUCGAGCUGCGGAACAAUCAAAGAUGGUCAAAAUUGCUUCCGCCAUGGAAGACCUGAUUCUGGUUAUCUAUACUGGAAAUGGAAACCGAACCAAUGCGAUAUACCAAGAUUUGAUGCGAACCGGUUUCUUGAUCUAAUGAGAGACAAGCAUCUCGCUUUUAUCGGCGACUCUAUGGCUAGAAAUCAGCUCGAGUCUCUUAUCUGUUUGCUCUCGACCGUCUCUAACCCUGAUCUCGUUUACAGAAACGGAGAAGACAAUAAAUUCAGAAAAUGGCGUUUUGAAUCUCACAACGUCACGGUCUCGGUUUACUGGUCCCCGUUUCUCGUGGCCGGUAUGGAGAAAUCUGGAAAGUUGGACCACAACGUACUGUAUCUAGACCGUGUGGACGAGAGAUGGGGAAAGGAUAUAGAAAGUAUCGAUACGGUCGUAGUCUCUGUGGGACAUUGGUUUCUGCAUCCGGCGGUUUAUUACGAGUCCGGUUCGGUUUUGGGAUGUCACUCUUGCGAAGCAAGUAACUGUACCGAGAUAGGGUUUUUCGAUGUGUUUAGAAAAGCGAUAAGAACGACGUUGAAGGCGGUGGCCGGAAACAGCCGGGAGGUGAUCUUGACAACGUUUUCGCCGUCACAUUUCGAAGGCCGGCCUUGGGACAGUCUCGGCGCGUGUAACAUGACGGAGCCGUACGAAGAAGGGAAGGUUCUAGAAGGUUUGGAUUUGGAGAUGCGGCGGAUAGAGAUGGAGGAAGUUACGGCGGCGAAAGCGGUGGCGGAGGUGAGGUUAGAGGCGUUGGACGUGACGGCGAUUUCGGUGUUGAGACCAGACGGACAUCCUGGUCCGUACAUGUACGAGCUUCCGUUCAAGAACGGUGUGCCGGAGAGAGUUCAAAACGAUUGUUUACAUUGGUGUUUGCCUGGUCCGGUCGACACGUGGAACGAGAUUAUGAUCGAGAUGUUGCGGCGAUGGAGGGUUUAAAAUGAUUAAGGAUGAUUUGUGGGAGUGAUCCUAAACUAUGAUUAUACAUGCAUAUGGCAAAAGGUGUGAUCAUUAUUUUCUUUGAUCUUGUAGGUAAUUUCUUUGUUGAAUUAGAUACGAAAAAAAAAUACAUGGAUAAUACAUUUUUUUGGGUAUUUCCGAUCUUGAAACGAUGGAGGAAUACAAAAGAAGUUGGAU